AUGCUACCGGCGUCCAACGGCAUCGUUUGGAAGGGAGGAGGAGGAGAAGAUGAAGAAAUUUCUUGGCCCAGGAACAAUGAAAUCGAGACAUGUAAAGAUGAAGAUAAGAAUGCUUCUGUAUCUAGCUUCAAGUCCAUGCUUGAAAACGAGUGGUUCAUUAACAAUGCCUUCAACAAACCAAAUCCAGAACUCCAUAUGAAUCCUUCUUCCCAACUACCAGAAUUUAGCAGCCUUUUGUUCAAUCCGUUGGAGGAGUCUUCAUGUUCACCGUCACAGAUGUUUACUCUUGACCCCUCACAGUCACAUUUGCAGUCCUUGUUUCAGCCAAAAUCCUGUUUUCCUUCACUGUUUAACGUUGUCUGGAACAAUCCUUUUGACAAUGGCUUUGAUUUUUCCGGGGAGACGAAUUUCUUAGCUAAUCAGAGUGCGACUUCUGAUUCUGUUUUGAUGGGUUAUAAUGGGAUUAGUUCGCAAGCUGAGUUGGGCCUACUGGAUUCGAGCUCUGAGUUUCCCACCACCACUCGUUUACAUUCGUUUUCCGACUACAACAACACCGCCAUUGGAGGGGGUUCUGAGGCUUUUGGUAUCGAGGGUAGGUCUAAGGUACUGAAACCACUUCUAGAGUUGCCACCGCUUGGAGUACAGCCCACUCUCUUUCAGAAGCGAGCCUCCUUGCGGCAGGGAGUGGAUGAAUUGAGGAAUUUGGAGCUUCCCCGCUUGAAAAGCGGAGAGGUUUCCAUGAGGGUGGAAGGGAGUUGGGAGAAGGGAGAUGUUGCUGGGGAAAUGGAACUGGAAUUGGAGAAGAAGUGGAAGAGAAAAAGUAGUGUUGAGUAUGAAAUGGAGGAGGAUGUGGGUGCUUUAAAUUAUUAUUCGGAUGAGCCUACUGAUAAUACCUAUAACAUUGGGGAUGGGAAUGGAUAUAAUUCGAAUGCCAACAGUAGUUCUACAGUUGGGGAUCAGAAAGGCAAGAAGAAGGGUCUGCCAGCCAAAAAUUUAAUGGCAGAGAGGCGACGGAGGAAGAAGCUCAAUGACAGGCUUUAUAUGCUUAGGUCGGUUGUGCCCAAAAUAAGCAAGAUGGACAGAGCUUCUAUUCUUGGGGAUGCCAUUGAUUAUUUAAAAGAGCUUCUGCAACGGAUAAAUAAUAUCCACAAUGAACUCGAAGCUACACUUCCAGGAUCUGUGAUGCCACCUUCUAUGAACUUCCAUCCUUUAUCACCAACCCCUGCUACUCUUCCCUAUCGCGUCAAGGAAGAACUCUGUUCAAGUUCUUUGCAAAUCCCUAAAAACCAACCUGUGAAGGUUGAGGUAAGUUUGAGAGAAGGGAGGGGUGUCAACAUACACAUGUUUUGUGCCCGUAGAAUGGGUCUGUUGCAAUCCACUUUGAAGGCUUUGGACGACCUUGGCCUGGAUAUUCAGCAAGCAGUCAUAAGCUGUUUCAAUGGUUUCGCUUUGGAUGUGUUCCGAGCCGAGCAAUGCAGGAACGGGCAAGACAUUUUGCCGGAGAAGAUAAAAGCAGUGCUUCUGGAGUUGGCUGGGUUUCAUGGUGUGAUAUAA